CCAAGUUUGUCAAAAGUCGAUGGCAUGUCACAGCUUUUCAUUCUAAAUAGUUUAUUAGAACAAUGAAUUCUGUUUUUAAAUAUGAAUAAUUUGAACAGUUUACAAUUACAGCACUAUUUACAUAGUUUUUCCUGUCUAGUGAACUAUGAUCUGAUUGUCUUAAUUGAGUGAUCGUUCAUUGUGACAUUAUGGUGAUGACUCAGUGUCAGUGUAAUUACAAUUUGUUAUAAAUAUUUCCGUUCAACUAAUUAGGCUAAACAUGGUAGUGUUUGAGCCAGAUGAAAAUAGGAUGAUUCCAACUGCAAGUUCGUUGGCAGAGCCCAAUGUAACCCAGCCAUUCUCACCAGUAGAAGAAGAGUUGUUUUGUAAACUCAUCUUGUACAUUGAAAUACCCAAUACAAGGAUUCGAGCAUGGGACGUUAUUAUCCUGGUUCCGAAUCUCCUUUUCCUAUUGUUUCUGGCCUUUCGAUUCAAUCGAGCCAGACUCAAACUACGAGCCACUAGCAGUCCAAUAUUUUUUGCGUUCUAUGGAUUGGUGCUAGUGAACGUUACAAUCAGCGUCGUCCGCUGUUUGGUCUCUAUGAGCGUCAACGCAGCGGCCAUUGUCGGAGGUUAUGUUGACACAUUCCUCUGGAUCACAGUCAGGUUCUUCUUACUCUCUACAGAGAUGAGUGUUGUCAUAUUCGGCCUAGCCUUUGGCCACCUAGACAGCCGUAGCAGUAUACGCUACGUUCUGUUAGCAACCUCACUACUCUCGUUGGCGUUCUCCAUCAGUCAAGGCGCGCUGGAGGUGUUUGCACCUGACGAGAGCUUCAGGAUACACUCCAAAGACUUUAACAUCUUCGGCCACGGAGGCAUGCUGUUUUGGUUCUCCAGUUCUGUAGUCUUUUCAUUGAUAUACAUAGUUAUUUUGAUACUUCCUUGGACAAGACUCAGAGAAAGGUUAAACCUUCCUACCAAGAAGUCUUUCUACCUGUACAUCCUGUUCCUUGCGCUCCUCAACAUCGCACAGUCCGCUGGUAGUGGGAUGUUGUUCUACGGAGUGCGAGAGGGGCUCUGUGUGGUGGACAUCACCACUUGCGUAUACUUCACGUUGUUCACACCCCUCGUCUACCACACGUUCCUUAGCGAGUUCUUUGGUGUGUCCCAGCCGAGUAUAAUGUUCUCGUACAAGGCACAAGUAGAUGACAACAUGGAGGACGACACAGUGUCACUUCCGCAUCAGCAAUCAUUCUCUUCUCUCAAGACCGAUUCAGACUACAUUUAUCAGAGCAACAGUGUGUAUGACAGUACUCACUUUGACUCUGUCAUGCCAGCUGCUCUCUACAACACUUCUCUACAGAGUCCUGACAGUAUCACUGGGUACAGUCUGGACAGCCAGACUAUAGACCUGCCGUCCCAUGCUAAGCCGUGACUCUACAACUCUCGCCAAAGAAAUGCAUCUUCCUCCUUCAUUCGGUGGUGUAUGUAAAGCUAUGUCACAGAAAUUCACUAACCAUUUCAUAGUGUGUUGUUGUUACAGUUCAAUGAUAAAGUACCUCGUAGAGUUUAGGUUGGGUAUCCAUGAAAUAACUAGAUCAUAAAUGGACUUAUCUUGCCUAAAUAUGUUAUCCUUGGACUUAUCAUUGCUUGUACGAUAUAUUAGAGAAAGUUUAAAUGAUAGUGUUUAGGUCUGUAUUCCUGGUGACGUUUUAAGAUAGUUUGUAGUAACUUACUUUAUAUUUGUUGAGAAAGUUUCAAAGGUGUUAUUAAAAUUCUUAUUUUGAAUUUGAGUCAAGUCCCAAUCAUUAACAUUAUUUAUGAUUAGCUGAAGUGCUGUACAUGCACCUAAACAGGCUAGGUGAAAACCUGAACAGAUAGAAAACAAAAAUUAGUCUACUGUCUGAAAGUGCAACAAAAAUUUUUGUUUAGGCUUUCUUCCAUUUUAAAAUAUCUGUUGACUGACUUUUUUUAGUUAGUUUGUAUUUCGGUUAAUUAUUCAACUUAGCAGAUAGAAUAAAGAGUUCAAUCCUUUUUUUAUAUCAACUAAUACUAAUUAGGAUUAUCAAUUAUCUAGUUGAAAAUAUCCUAUCUUCUGUUUAAGCUUUUGUAUAAUAUAAAUAUAUUUAAACAUUCUACCCAUUAAGUUUGUUUAAUGUUUGAAUUUUCUAACUAAAAAGUUAUAAUUUUUUUAUAAAGCCCAGAAAACCUCAUAGGUAAAAAACUACACAAUCUAAUUUUAUAAUAUGCUGCGGAUACACACAUUGCGGGUACACCUUUUUUAUUUAUAAAUCAAUCAAGAAAAAAGGGAGCUGUUGGAGUUUUUCUGCUAAAUCCAAGUGCAAAAUCUAGUGGAAGAAUGUAUGAAAGUGUAGUGCAUACUUGCAAUUCUAAACACUUGUAAAUCUUGGUAUUUUAAUUACUGUGCAAGCGGUUGUGAUGUGCAUUUAUCACUGGGCUGUGGAGUUGAGUUCUAUGUAAACAUUUGUUGUAUAUCGCAAAGGAGAUGUUUUUGCAUUGUCUUUAGAGGUCGUUGUAUUUAUCGUUUUCUUCCGUAACUCACUGUUAUGAUGUGCACUUUUCUGAAACUGUAAAUGUUUAUUGUAAUAUUAAACAAGAUUGAUUGACAGUUAUUGUUCAUCUAUCAGUGGUGGCGCUGACAACUUGCAGGCCCCUUCAUAAACUGUGUUUACAGGAAGUCAAUAUGAUGCCGCCUUUAUUCUGUGCAAAAAAAAAACUAAUUACAACUUUAUGGUUGAGAAAGUUUGUUCACAGCUUUGUAGUACUUCUACUCUAUUCUAUCAUAUUAAAUGGGCAAUCUCACUGAAUGCUUACUCAUUACUUUUAACUUGUACAGUAAAACCUCAAUAACUUGACAGUCAACAACUGACAGAGCACACGCAAAUUGGCGAUUUUUUCCAAACAUUUAGUUUUAAUUGUUUGAUAUUUAAAAUUUUUUUAGAUUGUUUACUCGUGUAAAAAUACUCAUCUAAGUAAUGAAUCUAUUGUGUAAAAAUUUGUCUGUUAUGUAUUCAUUUAUUAUAUAAAACCCAUUAAAAAUUUCAAUGUUCUUGAUAGCUCGACAACCCCCAAACUCGACAACCUUUGGGUCUGUUUUCUGCUUUUAUGGUAACCAGCAUGGUCUUUUUUCAAAGAUCUAUAGGCUUAAUACAAACCAAUGUAUGCAAGAAUACCCUUUACUUAAACUGAAUUUUUUGCUUCGGGUUUGCAGGGGCCUUAUCACCGCCACUGUUUUGAGUCCACUAUCGUUUUAUGGAUUUUCUGUUUAAACUGGUUUCUAGAUAAAUUGAGAAUAGCACAUACAAUAAAAAUUCCAUGUGCGAUUUGUGAACAUUGAUUAGCUAUCAAAGAAGUCUUUGCCUUCCUCGCCAUUAAAUAUUUAUAAAAAGAAUAUAGAUCAGUAUUUUGGUAUUUGUAAUACCUUAUUGUUCUUUCAGAUUAAUUCUUAACAGACAAUCAAGAAUAUUGUUAAACAUUUGUGCAAAAGAAAGAUAUUUUUAGUUUUUAAAUUAAAAAAAGGUUGGUAAGGUAAUGUAAAACCUUUGACUAUUAAUACAACAACGUUAAACGUUGCAUCAAUAUUUAAUUAACUUUUUUUUAGUUAUGCAAACAAAAUUAGCAUCUCUACACCCAGAUACUGAUACUGAUUUUUAGAAUUUUAUCAUUCAGAUUUUCAAACAUAAUUGAGAACAGUAAGGUUUUAUUCUUUAAUAAGUUCAAGGCUGCACAAAAAUGUAUUGAUUGAUUCAGUAAUGAAAUCAAGCAAUAACUUUUUGUGGAAUUUUCUUACUACAGGAUCAAACCUUAUCAUUCUCAAUUAUCUUGCAUGUUAUUUUUCAACAUUACUUCCAAAAAUAUGUUUUGUAAGAUUGUUACCUUUUUGGUAAUGGUGAGUUUAAGUUAUCUAAGAGUUUAUUGCGGACAUUUUUUUACCUAAAAAAUUCAAUUAUUUAUUCUUGUGAUUGUAAAUCUCAAGAAAUUACUUUAUUAAGAGUUUUGUAGAUCUGUAACCACAUUUUUUUCAAUAAAUUCAAUUGUGUAUAGUAUCUAAUCUACUUAUUAGGAAUGGAAAUGUAUCAACCGGUUAGGGUGAAAUUUUGUUUUGGAAAAUAAUAGACCAUUUUUAGUCUAGGACUUAUCCAAGUACAUUAUAACUUUUAAAACUCAUUUUAAGUUAUAGUAAAGUACAUCUUUAAAUAAAGCCCAAUAUUGUAUCAUUUUAUCCAUUAUUAAUGUAUAACAUAUUUUAAUAACUAUUAUAAUGUCAAAUAUAUUACACAUUUAUUGUAUUUUAAUAAUUACUUAUUAAAAUUAAUCAGUAAAGAAAAUUGACACUUUUUACUUUCAUGCACGUAUACUUAUAUGGUCUAGUAAGGGCCUAAAAUUAGUAGUUUUCAUCACUAGGAGUGAAAGUGGCUCUUUUUGGUAGGCAAUCGUGUUUUACAAGCAAGGCACAGCCGAGCUUAGAAAUACAAUGAAGUACCAUAAAGACACUUUCGCUUUGUGUGAUGAACAACUAUUUUCAUCGUACUGUGGAAAUCACCUUCUAAUCGUUACAAAAUUAGACCACAUAAUUUGAGGUUAUUCAAAGUCAUCAUCAAUAUUUACAUUCUGUUUACAAACAUUUAAAAUAUCGUUUAAUUAGCAGCGUUUUCAAACAAAUUUUGAGGCUAGCGAACCGACAAAUUUACCUUAUGUUUUUUUUCUGUUCCUUAUUUGAAGUUAACCGAAAACGACGAUUUUGCUUACGAUUUAGAGAACUAAUAACGGCUGCUUUACGCACAGUAUGAUGAAAAAAUAUUACCUCGUAUCAAUUGAUAACAUAAUUGCUUUAUACAUUAUUUUAACAUUAAAAAUGUGAUGUUUGGUUAAGUUUUUAUAGGAACAUUAUGCACACCAUUAUUUAUCACCUUGUAUUUUCACCAUGUACAGUUAUUGUACAGUUACGAUAUUGAUAAGUAGCUAUAUAGAUCUGAUUAGUUUUAUAAUCUUAUCUACCUAUAUUCUGUAUAUUCUUGUAGACAUGUCUUUUAGUUUUCUAGGAUGUUUUCUGUGCUAGUAUAUCGUAGAAACCUUAUUCUAGUCUUAUACAAUAGAUAUGUCUAUUACCUCUGCGGUUUCCUCACAGAAGUAGAAUGAAUGUUGGAUAUUUUACUUACGAUUGUUAGCUCGCAAAGUAGAGUUUUUUAAAGAGUUGUCUCAUGAGAUAUUUAUUGUCCUGAAUGUUGAAAUCUUAGAUCAGUAAAUCGUCCAAUGAGAAUGUAUUUUCCUUAUAUUUUCUUCAACGCCUUGUUAAAAAUGUAUUUUGUAACCAUGAAACUAUGUUUUAAUAAAA